UCAUCAAAGAAAAGACACAGUCAAGAUACUGACUUUUCUACGAGGACUCUCGAAUGAACACCUUCCCGAAGUGUUCUGUCUGUCAGCAGCAGUUUACCCUGAAAGGUCCAGUCCCCUACUUACUGCCCUGUCUACACGCUGUGUGUGAGACGUGUGUGACAUCUGCAGCUGGCGGUGUGAUAUCAUGCUCUACAUGUCAGAGGGAGGUCAACCUCACAGACACAAGUCUCCAGAAGGAUGCUGUGAGACAGAAGGAAAUAUUCCACCUCACAGUCAAACAUCGCCCCACAGAGCUCCUCUGUACAAAUGACGAUGAUGGCAACCAGGCUGUGUGUUGGUGUCAGGAGUGUGAAGACUUCCUCUGUGAAUACUGCCAGAACAUGCACAGCAGCUUCAAACGUACCAGAAACCAUCCCGUGCACAAGUUUGGGGAUAUUAUUCUGCAAAAUCUUGGAAAUGAAACAAAUUGCAGUAUUCACAACCGUUAUCCACUUGAUUUGUUUGACAAAAGCUGCAACAUGUCUAUCUGUGGUCGAUGUAGCAGAGGAGAGCACGUGGAUCAUGAGGUUGAGGAUCUGGAUGAGGCUGCUGAAGGCGUUAAACAGCGGAUUGAACAACACGGGAAAGAUCUGUCGGCGCUACUGUCUCGUCAGCAAACACACCUUCAGAGUAUCAGACAAGAUACAAAGUUAGCAGACAGGACGCAGAACACAUUGAGAGAGACAAUAGGACAUACGUUCCAGUCUUUAAGAUCACAGCUUGACCAAAGGGAGAAGGAACUCUUGAUUGAUCUUGAAAGUCAGACCAGGGAAACCAAAGCAACUCUCCGUGCUCUUCAAACCUCAUGUGAAGAGGAUCAAGCAAAAUGCACCGGGGUUUUAGAUUACAUCAGAAAAAGUGUUGUCUAUGCUUCCAAAUCGUUUCUCUUGCAACUAGAGAGUUCUGUUGAGGGGAUAACUCGGACUUGCCUGGAGACUGCUGCACCUCAAACACACGAUGUACCCACAGCGGCCUUCAACACCAACGGCUUGUCCAAACUGAAAUCAGAUAUGUCUGGAUUUGGUACCAUCACUGCUUUGAAAGAAGAGAUUAUUGACACAGGUGAUGAUAAGCAAACACAGACUGAUGAUGACUAUUUGGCGGACCUGGAACAGAAACACGAAAUGGAGCUUGCAGAACUGAAAUCAAAUAUCGCUUCAGACAAGGAAAGAAUUGAAUUACUACAAGCCCUAACGGACAAAUUGAAUGAUGAAGCGUACAACAUGAACAUGACGCUAGCUGAGAAAGACGAAACCUGUAAGAUCGCCUCAGAGACCAUUGGCCGUCUACAUACAUCCUUGAUUGGUUUCCCUACUGAAGGCUGUGUUCACCUGAUGAAGACAGGUGUAGCGGACAGAUGCAUGAUCCUGCAUUGUAUACAUCUGAAGUAUGACAAAGACAGAGUCAAUCUCGACUACGUCCACAUCAACACAGAAGGAGACCUGGUCAACAGAGAGUCGGGCACCAGACCUGCAGGGGAGGGGAGACUGAAGGCGUAUGAUGGCACAUGUAGCACUGCCCCCCUCCCCCGGGCUGGCUGUCCCCAGUACUGGGAGAUGAAGUCGAGGGUCAGUCUUGACGAACCACUCACAGAGGACUGGCUCAUCCUGGAGUUGGGUGUGUGUGGGGAGGAGCAGAGGGACGUGUGGCAUUGUAUCAGUGGACAACCCAGCUCCUGCAGCAUGCAGGUCGCCCACUGUCACUGUACUACACACGGCGGGAUAUGCAGGACGACAUGGAAGGAGGGGAAGUAUGUGCUGUGUCUGCCUGACACUCUCCCCAACACAACAGGGGCAUCACACACACUACAUUACGGUGUUGUCUAUGAUGACGCCAGGAAGAAGAUUGUCUUCAUUGAUGUGAAGGAGAACAAAGUGAUGUCGACGUUAGACAAUGUAGACUCCAGUCAGCCACUGUGGCCGAUGUUCGGGGUGUAUAUGCCCUCAUUGGGUAAUGUCAGCAUGACACUUGUAGUGGGCAGCGACAUCAACAUGACAGAGGAGAAGAAAGCAAUGAUUGUCAAGGCGCUGUCGUGAUGGUGACAGUGAUUGUCAAGGCGCUGUCGUGAUGGUGACAAUGAUUGUCAAGGCGCUGUCGUGAUGGUGACAAUGAUUGUCAAGGCGCUGUCGUGAUGGUGACAAUGAUUGUCAAGGCGCUGUCGUGAUGGUGACAAUGAUUAUCAAGGCGUUGUCGUGAUGGUGACAAUGAUUGUCAAGGCGCUGUGGUGAUGGUGACACUGAUUAUCAAGGCGUUGUCGUGAUGGUGACAAUGAUUGUCAAGGCGCUGUCGUGAUGGUGACAAUGAUUAUCAAGGCGUUGUCGUGAUGGUGACAUGAUUGUGAAGGCGCUGCCGUGAUAGUGACACUGAUUAUCAAGGCACUGUCGUGAUGGUGACAAUGAUUGUCAAGGCGCUGUCGUGAUAGUGACAAUGAUUGUCAAGGCACUGUCGUGAUGGUGACAAUGAUUGUCAAGGCGUUGUCGUGAUGGUGAAAAUGAUUGUCAAGGGGCUGUCGUGAUGGUGACAAUGAUUGUCAAGGCGUUGUCGUGAUGGUGACAAUGAAUGUCAAGGCGUUGUCGUGAUAGUGAUAAUGAUUGUCAAGGCACUGUCGUGAUGGUGACAAUGAUUAUCAAGGCGUUGUCGUGAUGUUGACAAUGAUUGUCAAGGCGCUGUCGUGAUGGUGACA